GUUUGUUCCGUGGCUGAAUGAAACACUAGUAACAAUUUUUUAAGUGAACUCACAAUGACGAUACGCGCUUGCGGUUUCGUUGUAUUUCGACGUAUUCAAGGAAAAAUCGAAUAUCUUCUAAUGCAAGUAUCUUACGGCACGCAUCAUUGGACCCCACCGAAAGGUCAUGUCGAUCCUGGUGAAUCAGACAUGGAAGCCGCGCUACGCGAAACAGAAGAAGAAGCGGGCCUAUUGGUUAAUGAUUUAAAUAUUUUCGAAAGCGUGAAGGAAGAACAAAAUUACGAAGCAAAUAGAAAACCAAAAACUGUCAUUUAUUGGUUAGCAGAAUUAUUAGAUCCUGAGAAACCGAUUCGAUUGUCACACGAACAUCAAGCAUUUAAAUGGCUUCCACUGGAAGAAGCUUGUUCCGUUGCAAAGUAUAAAGAAAUGCAAAAUACAUUGAGAAAUUUUAACGACUAUAUAUUAAAAAAUCUCUCUUAAAUAGUAAUUAUAGAGUUUUUACAAAUCCUGAUGCUAUUGUUAAAAUUAUUAUCUUUUCUUUCAAAAUGAUACAUAUACGUAUAAGAUCUUCCCCAUAAUCUCGUUUGUAAGUUAACGGUAGCCAUGGCGUUCGCAAAUUUUUUUUUUAUAUAUUUCCUUAUGUAUAUAAUCCAAUUAAAGAUAGUGUAUUGAAAUUUGUUUCUAUCGUUUCGUUAUCGGUUCCCAAUGAAUUGUUAACAUUUAGCUUAAACAUGGUUUUAAUUCAAUCAUUUGUUCGAGUAAUCGAAUUCGAUUUUUCGUGAGACUUCACGCUUUAAUGUUGGUACGUAUCACGUCUAUAUACUUACUUACUUAUAUGUCAACUGGUAUCAAUUUAUUAACGCAUCGUCACGCUUCACGUUCUUUUUAUUUCUAACUCGUAGAACAUAACCUUAUUAUUUCGAUUGGAGCAUCUCGUGAAUAAUAACAAAUAUGAUUAAUCCACUUCAAAGGUUAUUUUCUUUCUUAAAGUAUUGGUACUUUAGAUACAUGCUUGUUACGGAGUUAUACAUGGUUGAAGAAUGGGAAAGAAACUUCAUCAAUAUAUUUCUGAUCACGUUGUUCUUUUUCUUUUUCUGGUUUAAUUGUAAAAUAAUGCUGCCUAUUAUACAAUACGCAUUACACUCAAAAGAAAUAUUGUCUUAAUUCACUGUGUUUAUUGUAACACAAUUAUACUACGUUGUGUUUUGACUAAAGUAAAAAGAAAUUAUAACUUAUAGUUAAUAUUGCAUGUUAAACCAAUAGUAAAUUUCUACAUUCAAAGUUAUGUGUUAAUCUGUUAAGUUAUUUUAAUAAAUUAAAUUAAU